AUGUCGAGCGGACCUAGUAAAUCAUGGCUUUCGCUACUGGAAGAAAAGAAAGAGAAAAUACGCGCCUUAACCACCAAAGACUGCAGCCUUAACGAAGACAACUACAACUGGUCGGGUUUCCGAGAAGCGUUUGAAGAUGUUUUCGAACGCCAAGAUGUCGACGUCCAGAAAGUCCAGCAGCUCGAGGCAAAACUUUUCCACACAUAUUACCACAUCCUGGACCUAGCGGACGCCGUCCAUAAAUCUGCCCCCGAUCUACAGGGCCGGCCUUCUCACGACAAUUUUAAGGGUGUGAUAUGGACGCUGUCGAUUAUCGCUUUCGAUAUAGCCCUUCAGGAGAAAGCCAACCUGGAGCCCGUAGCCCUGGUCAUUGCCCAGCUGAACGAGAAAGUCCCAAUCGUUGGCAAGAAUGCUGGCCGGUUUCCUCAUGAGGACAGGGUUCAGGGACCUCUGAAAGACAUUAUGACCACCUACAUUGACCUCCACAUUGCCAUUAUCUCUUCACUUAGUCAAUCUUCUAGAUCUGACAUCAGGGAGGAUGAAAUCCUUUUAGAGGAGAUUAAAGCAUCUGCUACGAAAUUCGGCCGCUUCAGGGGUGACCACGACGUCAUGAUAAACCAAGCAGCUCAAGACGAAGCGAGAGACGCAUCCGCCCGAGAGAGGCCAGGCCUCGAGAGACAAAGUACCCUGCCAAGCGAAACUCACCCUGAAAGGACAAGGGAAGUGACGGUAAAGUUUGUAUCGGGAAGAUGGUUAGGAAGGGGUUCUUUUGCCGAUGCUGAAGAGGUUAGAGAAGCUUCCACGGGGUUUUCAUACGCUCGGAAGCAUAUCCACGUUGAUGGUGGAAAGUCUCGAGAUGACAUUGAAGCCGAAGUGCGGAAGGAAGUUUUGGUCAUGCAAAAGCUUCAUCACCCACAUAUCGCUACCGUUCUCUUCCACUUCGAGGAGCCAGGUGCCUUCAGUAUCAUCAUGCUUCCUGUUGCGGAUUAUGAUCUGUCGGUCUUCCUUGACAAUUGCAACACGGGCGGGUUUCGUUCUGAUGAUAUCUCACGCAUCAACCCUUGGUUUGGAUGCUUACUGGAUGCUCUGACUUAUGCGCAUAAAUCGAACGUUGAACACAGAGACAUCAAGCCCUCAAACAUUCUGAUCAAGAACGACCAGCCCUAUCUUAGUGACUUUGGGCUUGCAAAGGACUUUGCUGAUCAAAGUACAAGCAUAUCUCAAGGCGCCAAGCCAGCCGGCACUCCGACCUAUCGGGCGCCGGAAACGGUUCCAAAUCAUCCUCGUGGGCGCCGAGCGGAUGUAUUCUCACUCGGCUGUGUAUUUUCAGAGAUGUAUACUGUCAGUAGAGGCAAAUCCUUGCAAGAAUUCCGCGAGUACCGCCAAAAGGCAAAGCAAUCGAUCGUAUUUCGAGACUGCUUACCUGAAGUAGAAGCAUGGUUGGGAGGUAUUGAGAGGAACAACGUUAGCGAGGUCUUAGUCAGUACCAUCAAGGGCAUGAUUAGAGCAGCAAGCGAUAAAAGAUAUACAUCAGAGAAGGCUCUGAAUCAUUUAAAGCCAGAACGUACAUUCUUUUGCGUUGAAUGA